GUACACAAUUAAGUGGAAGAACAUUAUAUCAACUCAUAACAAAUUUAUAAGGUUUUAUUUGAAUUUUGAAUUUCGUUUGGAUGAUAAACCUCGUUUUACAUAAAUUAUACAUAGAUCAAAUGUGUUAACUAACCUUGCGUCAUGGAAGCCUAUCUUACUACGCAAUUUGCGCUUCGAAAGAUGAAACUCUGGUCGUCUUCUUCGUAGCAGUCUCUUUCUCAAAGAAACCAUCAUAAAUGGCGUUUUUACUGAAAGCUGGAAAACAAAUUAUUUUGACAUCCUCAAAAUCUCAAUCGUUAUUGCCUAAAUCUCCAGUAUAUUUCACCCUUAAGAAAACCAUUUCAUCCUCAGCUAAUAAAGCUUAUGAAGAUCUGUUUGCUUGGGUCGCUGCUGAUGUCCAUGCCUAUUCUAGAUAUACGAGUCUAUUAGCGAGGCUUUGUGUUUCUGGUCCAGAACUGGAGUCUCAGUUACCAUCAAAACCUGAAAAGUCAGCUGAAUCUCAAUCGGCUAGAAAUUGUUUGUUAAAAUUGUUAGAGAAUUUCAGCCGGAAAGAUCUGAUGGACUUGCUCUUAUGCUAUUUAGCCAAUAAUCCUGAAGUUUUAAAAGUUCUCUUUGUGGGAGACGCGAACUCUUGUGAGACCAUUUCAAAGACAAAGUUACAAAUUACAUUUCCUAAGAUGAUAAACACCAUUGCUGAUGAAUGUAUGGCUGAGUGGGAGUAUAAGUAUAGCAGAUUCAGAUUUAAGUCGGAACCAGGCUUGUUUCAUGUGUUUGUGAAUGUGUCUGAUAUGGAAAAAGAAACCCUGGUGGUUAUUAUUGUGGGUAAUAUGCUGAUGGUAACCGGUAAACUGACAUCUGCACCUAUAUAUGGUGAAGAAAUGGAGAAAGAGGAAAAGGAUAUGAUAAGGCGGCUAUAUAAAAAAAUUGGUGUUCAGCAGGCGAUUGGUGACGUCGUAGCUAGAACAAGGCUGUACUAUGAAGAAUAUGAUCUUAAGCAGGCGACUGCUGAAAUCAUCGAGAGUGGUGAACUGAGAAUCUCAUAUCCGGAAGUACAUGAAGAGGUUGAGAGACCAAGUUGUAUGCAAGUGAAACUUAAUCGGAUUUAUGAUUGAUUCAACAGACUCCUUUAUGUUUCUACGUCUAUAGUAGUGAUUUCUCUGUCUAUGUCCAUAGUAAUAAUUUUUUAUACCUUCUAUUUUCCACGCCAA